AUGGAGAGCAUGCGCGUGUUCCAGCGCAGCGCAGCUCUUCCACGACAGCUCUUCUUCUCCCAGGCGCGGUGCCGUUUGCCUGCGACACACCACCACCGCGCCAUGUACCAUCAGACUCGAGCUCCGCUGCAGCAGUCGUUCCGCACCAGACCACCGUCCCUCCAGCCACCCCAGCGAGCCCUCCUCCGACGAUCGAUACAGACGCAGCGACCUGCAGGCAAUUUCUCUUCCCAAGCGUUCCGGACGCAGGGAGGUCGACAACAAGCGUUGCGGCGGCGAAAUAAUGUCACUUCAGGGAGUGGCCGGCGCUACAAUUCCUCGAAUACCAGUUCCAGUUCCAGUUCCAGUUCCGCGACCACGAACCAGAAACCAUCCAUCAAGGAGCGCCUCAAGACCAUGUCGCGCGAGUACGGCUGGACGGCCGUGGGCGUCUACCUUGCGCUCUCGGCGCUCGAUUUCCCCUUUUGUUUCCUCGCGGUGCGCCUGAUUGGCACCGAGACCAUCGGACACUACGAGCACGUGGUGGUCGAGACGGUCAAGGGCAUCGUCAAGUGGCCGAUCCAGGGGGCCGCAAAGGUGGCCGUCGACGGGGCCGUCGAGGAGGUUUCGGAGGAAAGCGGUGUCAAGGAGGUGAUCGAGCAGCGGGCUCUACGGAAAGAAGGCAGGGUGCUGGAAGAAGAGCCCGCGACGAAUGAUCACGGGUAUAAAGCCGCCGAGAAGGCGAACCAGGGCGAGGAUGCUAGUAUCUGGACUCAACUCGCCCUCGCGUACGCCGUGCACAAAUCCUUCAUCUUCAUCCGAGUCCCCCUCACCGCCGCGGUGCUGCCCAAAGUCGUCAAGACGUUGAGAUCUUGGGGUUGGAAUAUUGGAAAGAUGCCACAUCGGCAAGCAGUUGGUGCUGGCACGGGCAUAAACACGAAGGGAUCGAAAGUCAAACCGGGCGACUGA